UAUUUUAUUCUAUUUUUAGUACAAGAACCCUACCUUAUUGACAAUGAAGAUCUGUCAGCAAAGGCUUACCUGCGCCCAAAUUUGUUUAUAAAACAUCAUUAUGACCUCUAGAAAAGUUGGUAUUGUUUAUGAUGAAGCAUUUCAACAGCACCAGCAUCCUCGUGGCCUAUCACGUGGAUUUAUGCAUCCUGAAAUACCUGAUCGAGUAUCUGCGCCAUAUGCAUAUUUAAAAAAGAAGGAUGUACUUGAUAAACUUGUUCAUAUUAAAUCAAGACCUGCAACUAUCAGUGAACUUACAUUAGUUCACGAUGAAGAGUAUGUUAAUAGGCUUAAAAAUGCAAAAAUUACUGAUCAUGAAAGUAUUUUUGCAAAAUUUGAUAUAAUAAAAGAUAUUAAAGUAGAAAAUUUACAAUUUGAAGAUGACAAAUGGGAUAGUUAUAUUCACGAAAAAACUUAUGAAACUGCUUUAUUAUCAGCUGGUUCUGCUUUGCAACUUACAGAAGCUGUUUUAAAUAAUGUUAUUGAUAGUGGUUUUGCAUUAAUAAGACCCCCAGGCCAUCAUGCUGAAGCUUGCUAUGCUGCCGGUUUUUGUUAUUUUAACAAUGUUGCUAUCGCUGCUCGAUAUGCACAGUUGCAAGGUGCUAAAAAAAUUUUGAUUGUUGAUUGGGACAUUCACCAUGGCAAUGGAAUCCAAGAUAUGUUUUAUGAUGAUGAUAGUGUUUUGUAUAUUUCAUUGCAUCGAUAUUACACUUAUCCUGAUUUGGAAAAAGCAAAAGCAGAAUACAUAGGAGAAAAAAAAGGCCUUGGAUUUAAUAUUAACAUUGCUUGGGAUGAGACACCAAUGGGUGAGUGUGAGUAUAAACUUGCAUUUGAAGAAGUUGUUCUACCAGUUGCACGAAAGUUUGCACCAGAUUUGAUCUUGGUGUCGUGUGGAUUUGAUGCUGCACGAGGCGACCCACUUGGUGAAUUUGAUGUAUCAAUCAAUACUUAUUCCUGGAUGACAACUCGUCUGCUUGAAAUAUCUAAAACUGCCCUGUUUUUAGAAGGAGGUUAUAAUAAUGAGAAUCUCUGCAAUGGAGUUUAUGCUGUUAUUAUGUCACUCUUGGGUGAAUAUGAACCUGAUGAAAUUGUUGGCACAGCAAAUCUAGUAGGUCAACAAAAUAUUGAAACAACUAAAAAUGCGAUUAAAGACUAUUGGUUUUAAGUUAUAUCUUUAAUGUUUAGUUUUAAAAUUUUACACCAGUUUUUUAUAAUAUAUUAAAAAUUUAAA